CCGCCCGUGUCUGGACAAGUGUUCCCAAGGAGGCGCUCCGUGGGGCCUGGCAGCGCACAUCCGCUUGUGCCCGGCUUGAUUCGGCCUGCUGCACUAGCUCACACAACCCCAAGACACCCCACCUGCCGCUGUUGGACGUGCCCAGCAGCAAGUGCGCCGCCCCAGCAACAGCUCCUGCCGCUGCCCAACCCGCCUUCCGCUACUCCCGCCUUCCGCCACUCCCGCCUUCUACUAGUCCCGCCUCCUCGCCGCCUGGAUGGCACUCUGAAUGAUCGCCAGCAUCAAGAAGACCACCUUCCAUAGGGAGGUCUACGAACCAGCCGAGGACAGCUUUGCGCUGGUGGAUGCGCUUGCGGCACACCGGGAGGCCUGGCGGCAGCAGCCGCCCCGCAUGUGCCUCGAGGUGGGCAGCGGCAGCGGCUAUGUGAUCACCUCCCUGGCACUGCUGCUCCAGCAGCUGGGUGUGGCGGCACAGCUGCUGGCAACCGACAUCAACCAGCAGGCAGCCGCCGCCACAGCGGCCACCCUCGCUGCGCAUCAGGUGCGACGAGCAGAUAUUGUGGUCUGUGACCUUGCCUCCGCCCUGCCACCAGUGGAGGGCCUGGUGGACGUGCUGGUGUUCAACCCGCCGUAUGUGCCCACCCCGGAUGAAGAGGUGUCGCGUGGCGGCCUGGCGGCGGCGUGGGCAGGCGGUGCGUGUGGCCGACGCGUCAUCGACCGCCUGCUGCCGCUUGUGCCGUGCCUGCUGUCGGCCCAAGGCGAGAUGUUCAUGGUGGCAGUGCAUGAGAAUCAACCGGAAGAGCUCAUGCGCCAGAUGGAGGCGGCAGGUUUGGAGGCUCGCGUGGCGCUGCGGCGCAAGGCCGACGAGGAGCAGCUGACUAUACUGCAUUUCAGGCGGCGGCCUGAAGCAGCACACCGCGAUAGAGAACCCGUCGGGAGAGGGAGUGAGCUGCGUGACUGGCUGCAGCACCCGCCGGAUGGCUGCCGCCUGGUGCAGUAUGACGAUCUGAAGACCUGGGUGAUAGAGCUGCAGGGGCCGGAGAGCCCGUGCCAGCCGCAGCUGUACAUAGGCCAGUCCUACCACCUGCGCAUCCUGUUCUCGGAGCGCUACCCGCUGGAGCCUCCGGAGGUGACGUUUGUGCCGCCCAGCCCCGUCCACCCGCACAUCUACAGCAACGGACACAUCUGCCUGGACAUCCUGUACGAUGGGCACAAUGGCGGCUGGAGCCCAGCGUUGACAAUCAAUAAAGUGGCCCUGAGCCUACGCAGCAUGCUCGCUAGCAACACCGACAGGCGGCGGCCGCCGGGGGAUGCAGAUUACUGCGCGCGGAUGCGGGGGCGCUCGCCCAAGGAGACACGCUGGAUCUUCGAGGAUUCAACGGUGUAG